CGCUCACACACACGCUUGCUGCAGCAGAAGCCACAAAUCCGACUGGUACAGCACCGGAUGGCAGAGGAAAUGAACGUCAAAACAAGCGAUUGAGUUGUGAAUAAGCACGGCAAACAGAGGUGAAACAUGCGACCGUAAUUGGUUGUUGGCGUCUACGGUUAAUAACCUACUUUAAACAGCACUGUUCCUUUCACUGGGCUUGUCUGGACGACUAAAACAAAACAAAAAAGGCAGCAUGACGGAAGGAACAAGGGAGUGAAAAGGAAUUGUUACCAUUCCCACUCAGUGGGAAACUGGGAGGAGAAAGGGGGUUGGAGGUCAGGUGGUUAAAGCUGCUCUCCAACAGAGAUAAAAACAGACUUGGGGAUGUUCUAGAGCCGCACUGAUUCUGUGAAGGACAGAUGCGCAGCGAGAGGAAAGAGGGGUCUGAAUACCAACGACUGCAGAGUAAAGAGAAGAGACUGGAUACUGUCCUGGGAGAAGACUGAUGGCUGCAAUUAGUGAAUAGAUGGAGGAUAAACGCUACGAAGCACACUGAAAUGUUUCACACAUUUCAAAUAUUUUGUUAUCUAGGAAACAUAAGCUCUGGGCUCAUGCUUGAAAAACUACAUCUGAUUAUUUCGAUUCAUGCUCCAGUUACCAGAACGAAUCAAUGGACUUGGCAUCCUGAACAGCAUAAGCAGCAAACUUCUGUCAAUGGAUAACCAGCUCAACAAUGCCUAAAUCCAAAUCACAAAUAUCACACCCAUACUCAGCUCCACCCCACUCAAAAUCCUCUCGGAGGCCCUCUCCAAAGCAACACUUUCUACAAGGGGUCCACCCGGAAAUAAACCAGUUAUCUCCCAUUGAACUCAAGCCAAAAGUCACCAGCCCUUCCCUGAGACCCCCCUUCUCUAUGACCCCACAGACUGUAGUCUGGCUGGCCGUGGUGACCUGCUCCUGUGUGUUCUCUGCUCUGCUGGGCCCGGGCGUGUCCGCUGGAGAGACCUGGGGCAUGGUCUCCAUCUGUCCCUUCCACUGUGUGUGCCGAAACCUCUCAGAGUCUCUGAGCACGCUCUGUGUCAACAAGGGCCUGCUGUUCGUCCCUCCUGACAUUGACCGGCGCACAGUGGAGCUCCGUCUGGCUGACAACUUCAUCCUGGAGGUGGGCAGAGUGGACUUUGCCAACAUGUCAGGCCUGGUAGAGCUAACUCUGUCCAGGAACACCAUCCAUGCCCUGAAACCUCUGGCCUUCGCUGACCUUCAGAGUCUGCGUUCACUUCACCUGGACACCAACCGGCUGACCGUGGUGGGGCCAAAAGACCUGUCCGGCCUAACUAACUUGCAGCACCUCAUCAUCAACAACAACCAGCUGACCAACGUCUCCACCGAGGCAUUUGAUGACUUCCUGCAGACACUGGAGGAUCUGGACCUGUCCUACAACAACCUGAGGAAGGUCCCCUGGGAGGCCAUCCAGAACAUGGCCAGCCUGCACACCCUCAACCUGGACCACAACCUCCUGGACCACAUCGCCGAGGGCUCCUUCGGAGAACUGUACAAGCUGGCUCGUCUCGACAUGACGUCCAACCGGCUGCAGACUCUGCCCCCUGACCCCCUGUUCUCCCGCUCCCAGACAGGCGUGGUCAGCCCCACCCCCUACAACACUGUCAUCAGCCUGAGCUUCGGGGGGAACCCCCUGCACUGUAACUGUGAGCUGCUGUGGCUGAGGCGGCUGAUCCGCGGGGACGACAUGGAGACGUGCGCCACCCCGUACCUGGCUGGGCGCUACUUCUGGUCCAUUCCAGAAGAGGAGUUCACCUGUGAGCCUCCGCUCAUCACGCGCCACUCCAACAAGCUGUGGGUGCUGGAGGGCCAGAGGGCCACGCUGAGGUGCCGUGCCAUUGGAGACCCAGAGCCAAUCAUCCACUGGAUCUCCCCUGACGACCGCAUUGUAGCCAACUCCAGCCGUGUGCACUCCUACUACAACGGCACCCUGGACGUGCUGGUGACCCGUGCCCGUGACGAUGGGGCAUACACCUGCAUUGCCAUCAAUGCUGCCGGGGAGGCUACGGCCCUGAUAGACCUGAAGAUCAUCCCCCUCCCUCACCGCGGCAACAACACUGUCCCCCUAACCAGCCCUCGAGGGGACCCUGGGUCAUCAGAUAUCUCCAGUGGGAGAAGAGGUGCAGGCCGGAAGGGUGGUGGAGGGGUGGUGACUGUCAAGAACGCCACAGAGGGGGAGAGUGGAGAUGGAGAUGCCAGUGAGCAUUUGGUGGGGGUCCUGGGAGCGACUGCCACCUCUGCCCAGGUGCGCUGGGUCCUGGGCCGGGCCACUGGGCCGUACCUGGUGUGGAUGUACCAGAUCCAGUACAACUGCACUGCAGACGACGCCCUGGUAUACAGGAUUCUGCCUCCUACAAGCAACGCGUUCCUGCUAAAGAACCUUGUGUCUGGAGCUGACUACAGCCUUUGUGUCCUGGCCAUCUUUGACGACGGGCUGUCCACCCUGGCCACCACCAAGGUCCUGGGUUGCACCCAGUUCAGCACCAAGGAGGACUUCCCAGAGUGCCGUUCCCUGCAGGCACACUUCCUGGGCGGCACACUGACAAUCAUGGUGGGCGGGGUCAUCGUGGUGAUGCUGCUGGUGUUCACCGUGGCGAUGAUGGUGAGGCACCGCGUCUGUGGAGACUGCAGAGACGAGGGUCACUACCCUGCCCAUCACAACUUCCUGCCCUCCAAGGGAGAAGUGGACGUUUACGCUCAGACCAAUGGGAAUGGGAGAGUGAUGAUGGUGGCUCUGCCCAAAGGCAUUCUUGGCCAAAAGGCUAAGCCCCUGCCAUCGAAAACCAAACCCCAAGCCAAGAACAAGCCCAGGACAACGCUUGACUCUGAUCAGCUCAGUGGAGAGAGAAAGGCUGAGGAGCAGGGCCUGGAGGUAGGCGUGAGGGGGAAAAGAUUCCCCCCUUUCACCCCUGAGAGUGAGAGAGUGACACUGUACUACACCCCUGCCAACACCUCUCAGACCUUACCCCAUCCCAGAGCUCACAAGGCCCUGAGACACUCAGGCAAGCUCAAGCUGCGCCGCUCUGAGGAGAGGGAGAGAGACUUGGACAAAAUGGUGGGCUCCAGAUGCAGCCUGGACUCUGGGGCCCAGGGGGAGGAGGAGGGGCGGUUGGAUGACUGGAGGAGGGGCGAUCGUCCGCCACUCGGGAGGACACGCAGCUGCUCUUUUGAUGUGGGAGAGAUCACCACAACAACCUGCUACAGCUAUGCCAAGCGACUGAGUGUGAUAUGGACCAGGAGGAGCCAGUCAGUGCACGGCAUGCUGGUCCAGUGCGCCUCAACGGCCAGUUCAGCGAGCAGCAUGGGCAGCGACCAACAGCCCCCUGCUCUCACACAUGGCUACCUGCACGCCUUCAACACCUCCAACUCUAACUCUAACACCAGAGUGGCUGCCAAAGCUGGAGACCUAGAAGAGAGUGUUGUGUAGGGUGGAGAGGAGGAGGAGAGGGGGACAUAAUGGAAACAGACUGAAACUGACAAAAUGGUGGAUGUAAAAGAAAUAAGCCAUUUGGCUUUAUAGCUAGAAUCCUUAAUUGAAACAAAGCGUUCUCUGCCCGUUUCAGCCAAAAAGCUAAAGGAAUGGGUCUGGAUAAAUGUAACCACUCAAAUUCAUAAAGGUAUGGAUGCAAGGACUAACAAUCCAUGAUAUCAAAUGUAUAGUUUUAACCAUGUUUUAAGGCUAUACAGGGUUUGCUUACAUUUAUUUACAAAUAUUGGAGUAAGACAUGCUUAUAUUUUGGGUUUCGAUGGGGUACGACAGUUGAACUAAGCUCAUGAGGAAUUUAGGUUACAGUGCAUUUGUAAAGUAUUCAGACCCCCUGACUCAUUCCACAUUUUGUUAUAGCCUUACUCAAAAUGAUUAAAAAGUAUUUUUCCCUCCUCAAUAUAUAAAACAAUACCCCAUAAUGACAACGCAAAAACAGGUUUAGAAAUUUGUGCAAGUUCAUUCAAAAUAAAAAACUUAAAUCACAUUUACAUAAGUAUUCAGACCCUUUACUCAGUACUUUGUUGAAGGACCUUUAGCAGCGAUUACAGCCUCAAGUCUUCUUGGGUAUGAUGCUACAAGCUUGGCAAACCUGUAUUUGGGGAGUGUUUCCCAUUCUUCUCUGCAGAUCCUCUCAAGAUCGGUCAGUUUGGAUGGGGAGCAUCGCUGCACAGCUAUUUUCAGGUCUCUCCAGAGAAGUUCGAUCGGGUUCAAGUCCAGCCUCUGGCUGGGCCACUCAAGGACAUUAAGAGACUUGUCCCGAAGCCACUCCUGCGUUGUCUUGGCUGUGUGCUUAGGGUCGUUGUCCUGUUGGAAGGUGAACCUUUGUCCAAGUCUGACGUCCUGAGCAGGUUCUCACAAGCAUUUUGCUACACCUGCAAUAACAUUUGCUAAACACGUGACAAAUAUAAUUAUUUGUACCUUGGUCCAUUCAUCUUUUCCUCAAACCUGACUAGUCUCCCGGUCCCUGCCACUGAAAAACAGCCCCACAGCAUGAUGCUGCCACCACCAUAGGGAUGGUGCCAGGUUUCCUCCAGAUGUGACGCUUGGCAUUCAGGUCAAAGUGUCCAAUCUUGGUUUCAUCAGACCAGAGAAUCUUGGUUCUCAUGGUCAGAGUCUUUAGGUGGCUUGUGGCUAACUCCAAGUGGGCUGUCAUGUUCCUUUUACUCAGGAGUGGAUUCAGUUUGGCCACUACCAUAAAGGCCUGAUGGGUGGAGUACUGCAGAGAGGGUUGUCUCCACAGAGGAACUGGAGCUCUGUCACCGGGUUCUUGGUCACCUCCCUGACCAAGGACCUUGCUCAAGGAAGAGUCUUGGCUGUUCUACAUUUCUUCCAUUUAAGAAUGGAGACCAGUGUGUUCUUGGGGACCUUUAAUGCAGCAUACAUUUUUUGUACCCUUCCCCAGAUCUGUCCCUCGACACAAUCCUUUCUCAGAGCUUGACAGACAAUUCCCUUGACCUCAUGGUUAGGUUUUUGCUCUGACAUGCACCGUCAACUGUGGGACCUUAUAUAGACAGGUGUGUGCCUUUCCAAAUCAUGUCAAUCAAUUGAAUUAACACAGGUGGACUCCAAUCAAGUUGUAGAAACAUCAAGGAUGAUGAAUGGAAACCGGAUGCACCUGAGCUCAAUUUCGAGUCUCAUAGCAAAGGGUCUGAAUAUUUCUGUAAAAAAGCUACCUGUUAAUUAAUUCUAAUAAAUGUGCAAAAAUGUCUAAAAAAAUGUUUUUCCCCCUUUGUCAUUAUGAGGUAUUGUGUGUAGAUUGAUGAGGGGGGGGAAAUGUAAUCAAUUUCAGAAUGAUUCUUGAAGAAUAUACAGUGGAAUGGGUGUUUAUCAUUUAUUUGUAUUCUAAAUUUCUUAAAAAACAAGGACAUACAUUUGAAAGCACAAAGUGCAUUGCACAAGGAACCUAGCACAUGGUGAAGAAGAUAAGCCACGUACGGUGUGGGCAGAUGGGAGUGAUGACAAGUAUAAAGAAUGAAAGUACAACGAAGUCUGCUUUAAUGCUGUAAGAGACUGACUACAACCUGAGGCUUCUGUUUCAACAAGAUACAUUAAACAACUCAUGAAUUACAGUAAAUAAAUCAACCGCUACUCAACAGCA